CCUUUCCAAUCCAAAAUGGCGGAAGCCGGUGCAGAGUCACAGGAAAUGCCAGGAGAGGCUGCUUCUUUGAGUUUUACACAAACUCCGGAUCUCAGGAGCGUCCUAGUGACAAGCGUUCUGAAUUUAGAGGAGCUAGAUACCGACCUUUACAGAGGGAAGCAUCACUGGAUUCCUCGGUCUCAGCGCCUGUUUGGUGGUCAGAUUGUGGGUCAGGCUCUAGUGGCUGCUGCCAAAUCUGUCAGUGAUCAUCUGUACGCUCAUUCAUUACACUGUUACUUUCUAAGAGCGGGAGACCCCAAGGUUCCAGUGCUUUACCAGGUGGACCGGACUCGAGACGGUCACAGUUUCUGUGUGCGAUCAGUGAAAGCCAUCCAGCACGGUCAGCCCAUACUGAUAUGUCAGUCGUCCUUCCACAAGCUGCAGCCCAGUCCAUUAGAGCAUCAGUUCACCAUGCCCAGCGUCCCUCCACCUGAUGCCCUGCUCACAGUGGAGGAACUCAUCCAGCAGUACAUCAGUGACCCGAAUAUAGCUGAUAACACAAAGCAGGGGCUAAAUAAGAUCCUUGCAGAUGAGGUUCCCAUUGAGAUAAAGCCUGUGAAUCCACCUGACUUCUAUAGACGUGUCCCCAUGGAGCCAAAAAACCUGUUCUGGGUACGAUCGAAAGGACAUAUCGGUGAGGCCGACAUGAAGCUGCACUGCUGUGUCGCUGCGUACGUGUCCGACUACUCGUUUCUCACCACCACGAUGCUGCCGUAUCCCCAAUACAGAGCCCAGUUCAUGGCCUCUCUGGAUCACACCAUGUGGUUCCACAACAAAUUCAGAGCGGAUCAGUGGAUGCUGUAUGAAUGUGAAAGUCCAUGGGCAGGAGGCAGCAGAGGCUUGGUUCAAGGCCGCUUGUGGAGACAAGAUGGCGUUCUGGCAGUUUCCUGUGCGCAAGAGGGAGUAUUACGAGUGAAGGAUUUGACACGGAGUAAUCUCUAGAUACAUUUAUAUGCAAGAUGAAUAAUUCUUGAGGCUUGUGAAGUCCAUCCAUCCAGGCUGAUCAUGUGCUUGCAGUGAUUGUGUAAAUCUACGCUAAUUACUGUUAAUGAUGAUGAGCUCUUAAUUGUUGCCCGUGAUGGACCGUUCACAGAACACUCAACGAGAAUAUCGAGUCAUCGUGUUAUCCGUUCGCUCAGUGGAAAGUGAAGUGGUGUCUUGGUUUCGGAUCAGAAGUUACUGAAGAGAACGUGUGUAAUAUAAAGCUCAUAUGAGAGAAAUUGCACAGGUCCUGUAAGAGUUUUUUUUUUUUGUAUCAAGAAAUGAUACAAAGGAGAACUUGUAUUAAUAGCAGAAUUGUUAAUCAGUUAGGCUUACACUGGAGUCCUGUCGAAUACUUUGUUCUGAUUGGUCAGAAAGCGUUGAUUUAAUAUUUUAGUUUCAGCUCCAAAUCAUAGAUUUAUAAUUAUAUUAACAUGCUUGUUCUAAUACGUUAUCGUUUCUGUAGUAACAGCUUACGACGUGAUUUGUUUUACAUGUUGAAUUAUUGAAAUGGUGACGUUUUCUGUGAGGAGGCGUUUAAAGGGAUCCUCCAGCGGAUUUAUUCUCAAACUUAUUUGUAUAGGUAAUCAUAUGGGGCCGAGUAAAAUUAAGGAUUAAUUUCACGAGUGAUUUCGGAGUUUUGAAAAUUUCAAAACUUCGAAAUCACAAGUGAAAUUGAUCCUUAAUUUUACGAGGAACCAUACGAUUACUUGUUUAUAAUAUACUAGU